AUGGGUGCCGCAGCUCUGGCACUCGCAUCGACCGAACGUCUGCGCCGGUUUUGGAGCAUCCGCAAUGAUAACUCUCGGGGCUUCUGGGAGAAUCAGGUCCUGGGGGACUGGGUGGCCAUAGGCGCUCGUUACCCUGACCGCGAGGAUGCCGAGUACCUAAGAAAUUUCCGUGUCACCAAGGGUCCGUUCUUGGAGCUGUACCGGUCCGUUGGGAGCGCCAUGGACCGACAGCCACAGGCUGCCGUCAGGGAGCCCAUUGGGGGGCCAAAGCGCUUUGCUGUUGUCCUCGACUGGCUCAGCUUGGGGAGUUUUUACCGCCAGCUGGCUGGCAAGUACGACAUCAGCUCCUCUGCUUUUCACGAGGCAAUACACGAGGGUGUCGGCCUGUUCUUGACCAUGUUGGUGCCGCGGGAAAUAACAAUGCCCUCAACUGACAAGGAGCUGCAGCAG